AUGGAUCAAGUAUGUAUAAUGAUCCAUCAUGGAGUUACUGAUGGAGAAGCUUAUGGUGCUAGUGGGAUUGCGAUCGAUCAAUUACGUAUGAUGAUCGAUCAUGCCGUUAGUGAUGGAGAAGGUUAUGGUGGCAGUGGGAUUGCGAUCGAUCAAUUAUGCAUAUUGAUCAAUUAUGGCGUUAGUGAUGGAGAAGGUUAUGGUGGCAGUGGGAUGUCGAUCGAUCAAUUAUGUAUAAUGAUCAAUGAAGGAGUUACUGCUGGAGAAAAUAGUGAAAGAACCACAUUUGGAGCUGUGGUGAUGUCGGGCAGAGAGGCGAAGAAACGGAAGAAGGUGGUUAGCGAGAGGAGUUUUGGGAAUGUCAAACUCUUUGUGGAUAAAGAUGCUAAGAAGAGGUAUGAUUCAUUCAUUGUUAAACAUCCUCUGUUAAUUAAGCGUGGUGUUUACCUUGUGAGCUAG